AUGCCCACUUUGGAGUCAAGGUUUAUAAAGUAUGCCAGUCAACUGGCAGAGCCUGUAGGUACACGUGGCUACACUGGUCAGGACAGAUUGGAUCUUCCAGCAUCAUCUCUAAUAUCAACUGAUGUUGUGUUGUUGCCCAAUGAAAACUUUUUUGACAAAGGCUACAAUAUUUAUAUGGACAACUGGUAUUCCAGUUCAGACCUCUUCCUGCAGGUGAGGAGGACUAAUGCCUGUGGGACUGUGAAGAUGCACAGAAAAAACAUGUCACCUGAUUUUCACAAGAUAAAACUUCGAAAGGGGAAAGCAGCAUACCCAUGCCCUGAUAGUGGCAUUCUCACUCUAGUGUGGCAUGACAAGAAAAACAUCUGCAUGUUAUCCAAAAUGCAUUCUGCAAGCACAAAGGACACUAGGAAACAAGAUACAGGUGGUAAUGCCAUAAUGAAACUGAGUGUAGUUGUUUCAUACAAUGAAGGGAUGGGCGGAGUCAAUCACUCAGAUCAGCUGGCAACAACACACAAAUCGAACUUUCCUUGUGGAGUAUAUUAUGAAGUUGAAAAAUAUUGA